AUGAGGAGGCAAGCGGACAUGGACGUGCGGGAGAGGGUGAUAAGGAGGCAGAUCGAAGAGCUCCAGAAGGAGCUUAGGAAAAUCAGUGGGGGGAAUGAGGCUGCCGAGGACGAGGUUACGUCCAUCGUGAACAAACUGGCCGCUAUCCCCCUGCCUGAGGACAUGAGGAGGGUAUGCGAUAGGGAGAUCCACAAACUGCAGAGUACGCCGACAACUCAUCCUGACUAUACUGUGACCAGGCUUUGGCUUGAGAGUGAUAAGCGUGAGUAUUUCAGGACCUACUUGGAGACGGUGGCGUCUCUGCCGUGGUCAUUGGAAAGCUCUGAGGCGGUCAUUGAUCUCGAUAGAGCAAGGGAGGUCCUUGAGAGAGAUCACUUUGGGAUGACUAAAGUCAAAAAAAGGGUCAGGGAGUUCUUAGCAGUGAUGAAGCUGCACCAAGCGAGGGGCGGCUCUCAAGGCGAUGAGGAAGCGAGAGUGGCUAAGGGGGAAGGUCGAGACGUGGGGUUACCGGUGGUCAACAGGAGGGGUCCUCCUGGACCGGUCAUGUGCCUCGUGGGCCCCCCGGGUGUUGGUAAGACUUCACUGUGUAGGAGUAUAGCAGAAGCUUUGGGUAAGAGGUUCUGUCGAGUGUCUUUGGGAGGGGUACGCGAUGAGGCGGAGAUACGCGGGCACAGUCAAAUCGUUUCCACGUCAAAGGAGAAGAUGAGUGACACCCACGGAACUGUUUACUAUGUCGCUCCCGAGAUUCUCAUGGGCGACUAUGAUUUCCGUUGUGAUGUGUGGUCCAUCGGUGUAAUUGUUUACAUGCUACUAUCGGGUUCGCCUCCUUUCACUGGAGAAGACGCCCGUGAAACUGUCCGAAAUAUCUUCCAAGCCAGUCUGUGCUUCGACGGUCCUCGAUGGGAAGGUGUAUCCCCCUUAGCUAAGGAGUUCAUCUCUAGCUUGCUUCAGAAAAAUCCCAGCGAUCGUCCAAGCGCUUUGGAGGCAUCCAAGAGCGAAUGGAUCAGAACCUUCGUGACCAUCCAGGAACCCAAGUCGGACUUGAUAGACUCGGGCCUGCUGGAGAUCCUUUGCCAAUUCGCGAAGGAGAGCGACGUGAAGCGAGCGGCUCUCAGCCUCGUGGCCUUCAGUAUCAAUCCCAAGGUUGUCUGCGAUGCUCUAGCUGACGAGUUCCGUUCACUCGACUUUGACGAGUCUGGCACAAUACGUCUGGGGGAUCUCACCAAGGCUCUUACGGAGCGGCUCGGUUUAGAUGCUGUGGAAGCGGAAAAGAUCUUCCGAAAGCUCGACCAAACUGGCGACGAAGAAAUCCAUUAUUCGGAAUUCCUCGCAGCGUGUUUGCAACAUCGUAUCACAUUGACAGAGCAAGACGUUCGGGAUGCUUUCUAUCGUCUCGAUGUGGACAACUCGGGCGUUAUCUCGCUGAGUAACCUGCGUAAUGUCCUGGGUGAUCGCUUCUGUGGAACUAGAGUGGAGGAUCUCAUCAAAGAGGCUGAUGCCAACAAUGAAGGGUAUAUCACGUACGAGUCCUUCAGGCAUACUUUAUUGGACUCGAAAGACGGCGGCUCCUUCACCUUCACGUCUACUAUUGCCUCCGCGAACAUGAUGUGAGCCAACUGACUAAUCGCCUGAAUGGAGCUUCCCGCUGUCCACCGCUCUCCCGAGUCCAGGUUGAGAGUUGCUCGGUCUCUCGCUGUGGUCCAACUCGUGUACAAUUCCGCUGAGUGCUUCGAGGUGUGAUCGAGUCGUCGAUAUGAUGAUUGUGAUUUUACGUUCAUACUGGUCCGUUCCUUAUUGUAUGAUGAACUAUAUUAAACAAGAUAAACGGUAACAGUAACGACUUUGACCCCGUAAUAACGAUG